GGGGCCGGGCCGGGGGGAGGGCAGGCGGGCUGUCCACUCCCCUCCCUCCCCUCCCUCCGCGCCGUUAAAAUGAAACUCUAGUGGCCGGGGCCGGAGCCGGAGCUGGGGCUGCAGCCGGGCCGGGGCCGAUAGCGGGCGGCGAGCCCGGGGUGGCGUACGUGUGGGGAGCGGAGCAGCACGGCCAGCCCCCGCGGGACAGCGAUGUACACGCCGCCGUGGGGCAUGGAGCGCGAGGACGGCGGGGAAGGCGAAGGCGAAGGUGGCGAGGGCGGCGAAGGCGAGGACUGGAGGGACGUGACCAUGCCCUACUCCACUGAGCUCAUCUUCUACAUCGAGAUGGACCCCCCAGCUCUUCCGCCAAAGCCACCCAAAUCCUUGACUCAAGCCGGUGCCAAUGGGAUGAAGGACAGCUCGGGUUUUUCCCUUCCUGACGCAGAGUGGUACUGGGGAGACAUCUCAAGGGAAGAGGUCAAUGACAAACUACGCGACAUGCCCGAUGGCACUUUCUUGGUGCGUGAUGCAUCCACCAAGGUGCAGGGAGACUACACUCUGACUCUGCGGAAGGGAGGCAAUAAUAAAUUGAUUAAGAUUUAUCAUCGGGAUGGCAAAUAUGGCUUCUCUGACCCGCUGACCUUCGCUUCGGUGGUGGAGCUGAUCAACCACUACCGCCACGAGUCUCUGGCCCAGUACAACCCCAAGCUCGAUGUGAAGCUGAUGUACCCCAUCUCCAGGUACCAGCAGGAUCAGCUGGUGAAAGAAGACAACAUCGAUGCCGUUGGCACCAAACUGCAGGAAUACCACUCCCAGUACCAAGAGAAGAGCAAAGAGUAUGACCGGCUGUAUGAGGAGUACACCAGGACCUCCCAGGAAAUUCAGAUGAAGAGGACAGCAAUCGAAGCUUUUAAUGAAACAAUUAAGAUCUUUGAGGAGCAGUGCCAGACCCAGGAGCGCCAAAGCAAAGACUACAUUGAGCGGUUUCGGAGAGAGGGGAAUGAAAAGGAGAUUGAGCGGAUAAUGAUGAAUUAUGAGAAACUGAAAUCACGUCUGGGUGAGAUUCAUGACAGCAAAAUGCGCUUGGAGCAGGAUUUGAAGAAGCAAGCUUUGGAUAACCGAGAAACUGACAAAAAAAUGAACAGCAUCAAACCCGACCUGAUUCAGCUGCGCAAGAUUCGUGACCAGUACCUAGUAUGGCUCAGUCACAAAGGGGUGAGACAGAAACGACUGAAUGACUGGCUGGGAAUCAAAAACGACCACAUUGAUGAGACCUAUUUUAUGAAUGAGGAAGAUGAAAAUCUGCCACAUUAUGAUGAGAAAACAUGGUUUGUCGGGGAUCUCAAUCGACUCCAAGCAGAGGACCUGCUCCAUGGGAAGCCCGAUGGAGCCUUUUUAAUUCGCGAGAGUAGCAAGAAAGGAUGCUAUGCCUGCUCUGUGGUGGCGGAUGGGGACGUGAAGCACUGUGUGAUCUACAGCACGGCCCGUGGCUAUGGCUUUGCGGAGCCCUACAACCUGUAUGGCAGCCUGAAGGAGCUGGUUCUGCACUACCAGCACACGUCCCUGGUCCAGCACAACGACUCGCUCAAUGUCCGGCUGGCCCACCCAGUCUACGCACAGCUGCCCUCCCACUGCAGAUAGACGCAGGCUGGGAGUGCGGCCAGGGCCACGGCCAAGGAGCCGUGGGCUUUUCUGAGGUUUUUAUCAGCAGGACGACGAUGAGGAGGAGGGUGACAAGGGCAUUCUUUCUACUUAGACUGCUUGUUUUGCACAAGAAGUGAUUCUGUGAAUGUGAAGCAGAGGGGCCUGGGGGCCGGCCGGCCAGGGGUCAGGGCCACCUUCCACCAGGACACUGACGCCUGCCUGUGUGAGCUCUCUGAGCUCUAGGCAGGGAGCUGGCUGGCUGUUUUGUGUUACCACUGAUGAGCGCUUUCCCAAAGGGGAAUAAACUGAGCUCGAGAAACUGGAGGCAGACAGACCCCAUUGGAUGGAGAACACAGGUUUUGUGGGUGUGUGUGCGUGUCCAUGUCUCCUUGGUGUUUUACUUCUAGCCAGGCACCUUCACAGAGCCAGGCUCAGUUGGGGGUGGGUUGGGGGGUGACAGGCACAGAGCCUCUGCCCAGAGAGGAAAGAGGGUUCUGUCUUCUCCUUCCACUUCAGAGCCCAGGGGGAGGCAGAGCUGACACUGCCGCCACCAGUGGGGGCUCUUAGCCAAACACAAGCCGCUGCUGCUGCUGCUGCUGCUAGCAGAAGGAAUUGAGAGAGUGAGCUGACCAAAGGAAAAUGUGGAACCUUUUGUUCCUUUUUCAAAUAUCAGAAACCCUACAAAGGAAUCCUCCAAGCACUGUGGCUUGCUUUUGUACCAAGGGUAAAGCAAGCCCCAGCAACAGCAGCACUGCAGACAGGCUCUCCCUCCAGGAAACUUCAUCACUAGGACAGAAUGGAGCCCUGCUCCCAGAGUCCCUAAGGGCACCAGCCUGGGCCAGUGUUCCUUUCCACACCAAAACUUGAAAGAAAGAAAAGGAAAUGGGAAAGUGUAUGUGGGUAUUUGAGAGCCCUGGGGUUUGGCACUGAGCUCCUGGACCUGCCAAGUUCCCAGGGAGCUUUGGGCUUCCCCAGGGACCCCUGAGCCCCUCCUGGGGUCUUGGCACAUGAAGAAUUCCCCAUCUGAAAUCCCUGUAACUCUUGUAUGUGUAAAGACAGUGCAAUGUUGUGCUUCCUGGUGUCUGGAAAAGACCAAACACCUGCAGAGCCGCCCGACCGUUUAGCAUCUCCCCAGAACCUCCAAAAUGCCACCUCGGUGGAAGCGGCAACUCCAAGUGAAAACCUGAUCCUUCCAAACGGAGAUCCUAGGCCUUGGAACAGACACCAUGUAGAUCCACACUCCCAGACCAGCCUGCUUGGCAAAGUCUCUCUCCUUGGAAGACACAGCCACUGGGAAAGAAUGGAGGAUCUGUCUGGUUUGCUCAUCCCCUCCUUUCCCUGCCUAUCAUUUCGUGGGCCUGGCCAAGUGCUGGAGGGAGCCUCUAGUCUGUCCUUGGCCUGGUCCUCAGCCCAAAGACCAUGAGACAUUAGGGAAUCUUUUUCCUACAGAGCCCUGCAGGGGGACCCUAUGCACUUGCCCCCUUCCUGGGCCCAGCUAAGCCCUUUGCUUGCCCCUGGCUGCCUCCCUUUCUCUACUCCCCUCGCCAUAAUCAAUUUACUUUGUUGUGGGAUCCUCUGGCCCCCAGGUCCCCCUUGUCCCUUGGUGCAUCCGGGCAGGGCAGAGCCUCCCCUGGGGAGGACCUACCCAGGCCUGGGCAGCACAACACACUAGAUUCCCCACCUGCUCAGCAGGCCCUGAAGUGUCUGCUUCUGAGGAGUUUGGAGGGAGGCCUUGGCCCCGGGUUCUCAGGUGGCAUUGCCCAGCAGUGUUUCACAACCUUCAUCCUUUGAAGGAAAUACUUGGUGAGCUGCAAAGCAUUUAGGAGUACAAUUUUUAAUCUCAUUUCUAAUUUUUGUGGUUGGGACCACAUGCAAACUGCCCCCGCCAAAAAAACAAAUAAAUUUGGUUUCUCACAGCCCUCUUUUACAUAAGAUUUCAGCCCACAGGCUGGGGGUAAGGGAGGUCACUCCACACUCAUUCUUACCUGCUUUCCCAGGUCUGGGAACAAAGACAGCUGCCUUUAGGACCAGCCCAAAAGCCACAGACAGUAGUGGUUUGGUUUCCUGACCAAGGGACCUUUAGCCAAACCUAGUUCAUGGCUCCCAGGGUAUGGAUGCUGCAGGAGGCACUGACUUUGGGGGAGCAUGGGUGCCACAGAAGAACACUGUUUUGGGGGAGUAGGAAGAAGUCUUCAAUCUUCCAUGUGCUUUAUCUGUGCUUUUCUCGUAACUGUACCUGAUUCAGCCAAGACCCUGUGGCCCAUGUUACAGACAAGGAAGCCUUUAAAAGGUAAAGGUGGCAGUUUGCAGUGGCAGUGUGGCUGAGAGGAGAAAAGGCCAGGAGCAAAGGGAGCACAGCUUAGAAAUGUUCUAGGCUAUGUUGUUAGAACCCUCUCUGGGGGAACUCUCAGGAGGCAGAUCCUCCUCCUGGCUGCCCACUGAGCUUCCAGGCCCAGGCUCCAUGUGCAUCCUCAAUCAGCAAGAUGGUGAAGGGGCUACCAGAAGACUCCUUGGCAUGGGGUCCUCACCAGCCUGCCUGCGUGGCAUCUUGCAUCUGUGCCUUCAGGGAACAAGUGUGAGAUGGGGAAACUGGCCCCAACAUAAGCCCCAAGACAGUGCCCUCUUAGAAAGCCCCUAAGAAAGAAGAGCUGUGGGCCUGGUCUGGGGUCUGACCCCUCACUUGGCUGACGGGGUUGGGGAUUCUCAGCAUCUCCUUGUGCACCGGCUCCUGACAAACAUCUGAAAGGAUUCCCUGGCAGCAGGGGUGGAGGAAGAUUGGAGGCACAGCUUUACCAGCGAGAGUUGGCUGAUGCCCAUUGUCUUGUGCCACUGGGGGCACUGGGCCACCUGAGGGAGGAGAGAAGAAUGGGAGUCACUCAAGCAGUAGCAAGGGUGAAUUCAGUGGUUGAGUCCAGCUUUGGGACAGCUGUGGGAUGAGCAGGGCUAACGUCUGUCUGUCAGGGGACCCCAGCCUGGCUUUUCUCAACUGCAGACAGCACAUCAGCCCCCAAACAUGUUUUGCCUCCAGGAUGAUUGUUGCUGUUCUCUUCUGGGAAUGGGGUGGUUUGGGAGCUUGGCUUCUUGCUGCUAACCCUGUGGGGCCAAAGUGUAUUGGGCCUGGUGCUUGGAGCUGCCUGGCGUGGGAGAGGAGAGAGGUCCUUGAGACCUCAGUGGGAAGGCCAAGCUGCAGGAAGCUUCUUUCAGAAAGAGGAAUGACCUUGUGGGUGCCUGGUUCGAGCUCUCCAAGCUGCUGAGGAUGGCCUGGAUGAGGAUGAAGGGAUCUCCAGCUUCUCCUGGUGACUAUGGCAGGGCCAGCCAGCAGUGGCAGUGACCCAAAAGGGGCCAUGGGGGAGCUGAGGACAUGCAGAUAUGCCCAGAUCAGUGCCAGCCAAGCAAGGUAGCAUUGGCUGGGCGCCAAAGGCCCAGAGAAAGUGCAGAGGCCCUGGUGAUGAGCCCAGUCAGGGUCAGGGUGGCUGUAUAUCCUGUUCCCCACCUCUGGUCUGUGGUGGUUAGCCCAGGACCAGCCCACUGCUAGACUCAGUCUCUACCACAGCACUGGCUCCUUUUCCCACCGGAAGACCCCACCCCAGCCUGUCUCCGAAGGUAGGCUGUGCACAGAUGGAACUGGGCUGCCCUGCCUCAGCCCUCCUGGCCCCCAGGAGGGAGGGGGGAGGGGAGGGGCCUCCUUCCCUUCCUCUUUCCCUCCCUCCCUCCCUCGCUCCCCACUAGAACUGUCGUUUGCCUGGGUGAAUUCCAGCAUGUGACUCCAGCGCUCUGUCUCCCUGUUGUUACUUGUGUAAAACCUCUUCUGUCUUCUUUGAUGUAGUCAAGAGAAAUUCAUGUAGUUAAUGUGAAAAGGAAAAAGCCCAACUGCUUCACAAGGAAACCAGUCAGUCAUAUGUUAGUGUGCGUGGACAACUCCUGCUGUGCGUGCGUAGCUGCUAGACCGAUCGUGACAGUUGUACUUGUCCCCACGUGUGCGUGUCGCGACGGCCAGGGGAGGUGCCCUUUGGCCUUUGGGCCAAUUUGCUCCAGGUUAAAAUGCAAUAAACAGUUGCAAUAAAGCACA